ACUUAGCGUAGCUGUAAAAAGAAUUCAUUUAAUUAAUAACGGAGCUCACGAAUUGUUGUUGAAAGCAUCACUAAAGGGGGGAGCCACCUACAAUUCUUAUCCUUCGCCAGAUCAAUAACAGUUUGGAGUUUCCUUAGUAGUGGUAAUGCUGAAAAUGAUGAACAUGUUGAGGUUACGUCUUUCUCCAAAUAUUUCUAAAAUAUGCAAACGCAAUAUAGGAAUAAUAGCACCUGCUCUCCAAAAGGCUACUGAUCCUAUACAAAAACUUUUUAUAGAUAAAAUUCGAGAAUAUACUAAUAAGAGCCAGGGUGGAAAAUUAGUUGACCCAACUCCAGAAAUUGAAAAAGAAAGAAAAGCUGAAUUAGAAAAACUUGCUACUCAAUUUGGUUGUUCUCCUGGCACAGAUAUGACAACUUUCCCAACAUUUACUUUUACUGAUCCACCAAUAGAUUCAGGAGUAUCAAAAAGUUAGAUAUAUCAACAUGAUCUUCAAGUAGAAAAUGUAUAUAUAAAAUCAUUCAAUGUAAAAUGUUCAUUGUAAAAAAAUAAUAAAUAAAUAAUUUGAGAGAGAUUGUA